UUUUUGACGUUUUGUAGGUUUUUUACAUGCUACCCGUGCCGUUAUGUGACAGUACUGAAUUUAGAACUCGAAAAAAGCUAUUAUUGUAUGAAAAGUAUAUGAUGUGGUGUGGAUUGUGGACUAAUUGAUACAUAUUUGCGGUACAGUGCUAAAUAUUUACCAUUUGAGGAUUCUUCCGAUAUCACGAACAUUCUGGUGAGAUAAUCCCGCAUCGUAGACCCAACCUGUGGUGUUGCAUCCGUCGAAAUAAAAAUAGCGAAGAUGAACAGUAUAUGUUGUAUCUCAGUUGGCUUUGCGAGUAAGCACAACAGCUGAUAGGCGACAGUUUGAAUCGCAACGGAGAAUAGUUGAGCGCGUAUCGGCGCCGUGACGGUACGGCGUCGAAGUUCAAAAAGUGGAAGAGGUCGUACGGCGACGUCGUUCUUGUGAAUAUUGCUACAGCAAGGAAUUAGCUGAAAAUGGCGUCGACAUCAGACAGCCCGGUGGAGGAGGUUAUGUUCGAAAUUGAACCGUCCCGAGUGCCGAAACCUGUACCAGUGGCUUUGGAGGAUCUCUGUCGGCUCACCAAGUUCACCAGACAAGAGAUUAGGAUUAUGUACAGGGGGUUUAAGACGGUGAGUUCGAAAGACACUACUUAAAACUGUCCCGGCGAGUGAGAUACACUUUUAGUUUGACGCUCUUUCUCAUACAUAUUAUAAUAACCAAGUACAUUACAAGAAUUAAAAGAAAAGUGAAAUUGCAGGCAAUACUUCUUGAAUGAAAAUACUGUCAGCACGACAAAUCUUUAAUAUCAUAUAUUAUAGGCACUAUUGAAUCAUUUUUGUUGAAAUUUUGCACGAUAACAAAAUUGACUAUGAGCCAUGUAAAACUAAAUAAUUUAUAUGGUUUAUAAACUGCAAUUAUAGCACAAAUAUAUA